ACCCAUAAACCCGAUUUAAAGGAUUUUGUUGUGAUUUGACUAUGUUUUUUUUCUUCAUAUUUUAUAGGUUUAUUUAUAAAUCCAGUUUUUCAAGUGUAGCACGUACGUCCCCCUCUAUAUAAACCCCAUGCAAUAUGCAGGGAAGAGGCAAACCUACUUUAGAUCACCAAAUACCUUCCAGUUACUUAUGGCUAUGAAAUUGGGCUCUUUGUUCUUAUUUGUUGUGCUACUCACUGACUUUGCACUGACAAAUAGCAAAGCUGCUAACACAGAUCCACCCAUUGUCUGUGACUCUCUUAACAGAAGCAGCUUUGAUUCUCUUGUACCAGGGUUCAUAUUUGGCACAUCUUCAGCAGCUUACCAGGUAGAAGGUGCUUGGAAUGAAAGUGGUAGAGGACCAAGCGUGUGGGAUAACUUCACCCAACAAUAUCCAGAAAAAAUCAGUGAUCACAACAAUGGAGAUAUCGCUAUUGAUCAGUAUCACCUUUAUCAGGACCGCGAUGUGCAAAUUAUGAAGAAUAUGUCAAUGGAUGCUUAUAGGUUCUCAAUCUCAUGGUCAAGAUUGUUACCAAAUGGAACGCUAAGUGGGGGCAUUAACAAGGAGGGCAUCGAGUACUACAACAACCUCACUAAUGAACUCCUAAGCAAUGGUAUAAAGCCAUUUGUGACGCUCUUUCAUUGGGACGUUCCCCAAGCUUUGGUAGACGAAUAUGGUGGUUUUUUAAGUGCUCGAAUUGUCAAUGAUUUUCAAGACUUUGCAGACCUUUGUUUUGACCAGUUUGGUGAUCGAGUAAAACAUUGGAUCACGUUGAAUGAACCAUGUACCGUGAGUAAUCAUGGUUAUGCAAUCGGAAUCCAUGCACCGGGACGAUGCUCUGCUUGGUAUAACCCAAACUGCACCGGUGGAGAUUCGAGUACUGAACCAUACAUUGUGACACAUAAUCAACUCCUUGCUCAUGCGACCGCUGUAAAGUUGUACAAGGAUAAAUACCAGGCAUGUCAAAAUGGAACAAUAGGAAUAACAGUGGUGUCAUACUGGUUUGAGCCAGCUUCAGAGACACAGUGGGAUAGAGAUGCUGCACUUCGAGCUUUAGACUUUAUGUUUGGAUGGCAAGUAUAUCUUAUUAUCUUGAGCUUGGAAUUUUCAUAUUUCUUCAGGUUUAUGGACCCACUAACACAUGGUGACUAUCCUCAAACCAUGCGAGCUAUUGUUGGAGAGCGAUUACCAAGUUUUACGGAAGAACAAUCCGAGUUGCUAAGUGGCUCAUAUGAUUUUAUUGGACUAAAUUACUAUUCUGCUAGAUAUGCAAGCGAUGCAUCUUACAAUUGUUCUGAUAAUCCAAGCUAUGUAACAGAUCCUCGCGUUAAUGUUGCAACUGAGCUUGAUGGAGUCCCCAUCGGUCCACAGGCUGCUUCUAACUGGUUAUAUGUUUAUCCAAAAGGAAUUCAAGAUUUUUUACUGUACACAAAAGAAAAGUAUAAUGACCCAUUGAUUUACAUUACAGAGAAUGGGGUUGAUGAGUUCAAUGAUCCUACGUUACCACUACCCGAAGCCCUUAAUGAUACCAAUAGAAUUGACUACUACAAUCGUCACCUAUGUUACGUUCAAGCAGCAAUCAAAAAUGGUACUAAUGUGAAGGGAUACUUUGCAUGGUCAGUGCUAGAUAAUUUUGAAUGGGAUGAUGGAUACACUGUUCGAUUUGGUAUCAAUUAUGUAGAUUACGAAAGUCUACAAAGAUCCUCAAAAUCCUCAACGUACUGGUUCCAAAGUUUCCUCAAUAAGUCCUCAAACAAUACGAAAGAAAUCAAAUCAUUUGUGGAUGGAAGUGUUGGGAACACCGAAUUUGAUCUCAUGAUGGCGCAGGACAUAAGGCAACUAGAAUAAUUAGUACGUAUUCAAGUAUAAAUACUUGAAGAAUAACUCUGUAUUCAUCUAAGAAUGCCUUGAAUUUGUGUGGAAAAGAGCACUCUUAAUGAGAGAGCCUUACAUAUAUUUCUAAAUAAAAUUUGAGAAUUGAUCGAGAAACCAAAAGUUCUGCCGUGCAUGAA